UAUUACGGUGUUCGGUUGUCCUCUCAGAGCGGUAUUAUUAAAUUUUAACUAUUUGCGUUUAUCUUAUCACAUAUAGCCAAACAUCUUGUACACCUGAGAUACAACGCAAAAUUAACUCCAUUAUGAAGUUGACUAAAACAAGUACUCUUGUUGUGUUUGUUAAUGGCAAAAAGGUCACUGAUGAUAAUGUCGAUCCCGAUUGGACACUGCUUCGUUAUUUGCGUGACAAAUUACGUUUACCAGGAACGAAAUUAGGGUGUGCAGAAGGCGGUUGUGGCGCUUGCACUGUAAUGAUAUCACGAUUCGACCGAGAAAUGGUACAGGUCAUUCAUUCUGCGGUGAACGCAUGUCUAACACCAAUUUGUAGUGUACAUGGACUGGCUGUAACGACAGUCGAAGGUAUCGGAAGUACUCGGACACGGUUGCAUCCUGUGCAGGAAAGAAUUGCUAAGGCACAUGGUUCUCAGUGUGGGUUUUGUACUCCUGGCAUUGUUAUGUCCAUGUACGCAUUAUUGCGGGACAACCCUGUACCUAACAUGAACGACCUGGAAGUUACUUUCCAAGGGAAUUUGUGUCGAUGCACUGGCUACCGGCCGAUUAUUGAAGGCUACAAAACGUUUACUCAGGAAUUUCUAGAUGUCGGAUGUGGAAUGGGCGACAAAUGCUGUAAGGUUAAUGGGAAUUCGUGUGGUGCUGAGAUUGACACCAAACUAUUCGAGCCAUCAGAAUUUACUCCUUUCGAUUCAACACAAGAGCCAAUCUUUCCACCGGAAUUACGGUUAAGCGAUCAAUACGAUCUGCAAGAGCUGAGGUUUGCGAAUGAUCGUGGAGUGACAUGGUUUCGGCCUGUCACUCUGCAGCAACUCUUGCAAUUCAAAAAGGAUCAGCCUGAUUCGAAGAUUGUCGUUGGCAAUACGGAGGUUGGAGUGGAAACAAAAUUCAAGAAAUUUGACUAUAAAUUUCGGGUGCAUCCGGUUCAAGUUAAGGAACUAACCGAUAUAACUGUAACUGACAAAGGUAUCGAAAUUGGUUCUGCAGUUUCACUGAUGAAACUUCAGCGUAUCCUGGAACAACAAAUCGACAAACAGCCGGAACAUGAGACACGGGUCUAUCGUGCAAUUGUUGAUAUGCUUCAUUGGUUCGCCGGAAAGCAAAUACGAAAUGUAGCUUCGGUCGGAGGAAAUAUCAUGACCGCGUCACCUAUCUCUGACUUAAAUCCAAUAUUCACCGCAGCGGGAAUUGAACUGGACGUUCGUAGCAUCGAUGGUGGGAAGAGAAAGGUGAAAAUGGGUCAAGGCUUCUUCACAGGAUAUCGAAAGAGCGUCAUUGCAGACAAUGAAGUUUUGGUCUCGCUGUUCAUACCGAAGUCCUCGCAGAACCAACAUAUUCGAGCAUACAAACAAGCUAAAAGGCGAGACGACGACAUAGCAAUAGUGAAUGGAGCUUUCAACGCAAGCUUUAUUGAUGGAACGAAUAUAGUGGACGAUAUUUAUCUAGCGUUUGGUGGAAUGGGACCAACAACUAUUUUGGCGCACAAAACAUCGAGCGCUGUAAUUGGAAAAGCUUGGGAUGAAAGUUUGGUUGAACUGAUUAACAAAAGUUUGGUAGACGAAAUUAGACUAACCGAAGAUGCUCCAGGCGGCAUGACUAUUUAUCGCAGGUCCUUGAUGUUGAGUUUGUUCUUUAAAGGAUUUCUGUCAAUUAGCCAAGAAUUGGAAAGCAAACUGAACAUUAAUCUUGUCUCUAAACGCGAAAGGAGUGGAGCAUCAACAUUUCGCUCUUUGGUCCCGAAGAGUUCACAAUUGUUUGAGAAAGUAUCAUCAGAACAACCAAUAACUGACCCAAUCUAUCGUCCGACAGUCCAUUCAUCUGGAUACAAACAAGCUACUGGUGAAGCGAUGUACGUCGACGACAUGCCGAAACUUGAAGACGAACUUUACCUUGCGUUAGUCUUAAGUACUAAAGCUCACGCAAAAAUUAUUUCAAUUGAUGCAUCUGAAGCGUUAAGCCAACCUGGCGUUCAUGCUUUCUAUUCUGCAAGGGAUCUGACGCCGGAGCAAAAUAAAUUUGGAGCAAUUUUCAAGGACGAAAAACUUUUCUACGACAAAGUAGUUACUAGCCAAGGGCAGCUACUUGGAGCAGUAGUAGCCGACAAUCAGAUCAUUGCACAACGAGCCGCCGCAUUGGUAAAAGUGGUGUACGAAGACAUUCAUCCCAUUAUCGUCACCAUUGAAGAUGCUAUCAAACACAAAAGUUAUCUGCCAGGGUAUCCAAAGAUUGUUCAUGCUGGCGACGUGUCAAAAGCGUUCGAUGAGGCGGAUCACGUGGUGUCCGGGAAAGUCAGAGUUGGUGGGCAGGAACAUUUUUAUUUAGAAACGCAAUCGGCUAUCGCUGUACCGAAAGAUGCUGAUGAAAUUGAAGUUUUCUCAUCCACUCAACAGCCAGGAGUAUUACAACGAGAUUUGGCUUCGUUCCUCGGCAUUCCUGAAAAUCGCAUCGUUGUGCGGGUAAAACGCUUGGGAGGUGGAUUCGGCGGAAAGGAAAAUUGCGGUGCAUAUGUAUCGUAUCCAGUGAGCUUUGCCGCGUACAAAUUAAGGCGACCAGUCCGUUUAAUGUUGGAUCGCGAUGAGGAUAUGUUAAUUACUGGCGGCAGAAAUCCUUUCUUAUUCAAUUACAAAGUCUCGUUUACCAACGAAGGUAAGAUAACUGCAUGUGAAUUGCAGGCGUACAACAACGCUGGCCAUUCAAUGGAUCUUUCGUUUGUUAUUUUGGAGCGAGCUGUGUCGCAUUUUCAGAAUUGUUACAAAAUCCCGCACGUUAACAUUGAAAUGGGUUGCAUGAAAUCCAAUACCCGAUCGAAUACAGCCUUUCGUGGAUUUGGACUACCGCAGAGCAUGAUGGUGGGCGAAAGUAUUGUGCGUGAUAUAGCCAGAACUCUCGGCAAAGAUUACUUAGAAAUUAUGGCACUGAACAUGUAUCAGCCCGGUGAUGUAACUCACUACAAUCAGACGCUCCUUGAAUGUACCGUAAAUCGCUGCUUCAAGGAAGUCAAGGAAAGUUCUGAUAUUGUCCGACGACGCCAUGAGGUCGACACAUUCAAUAAGGAAAACCGUUGGCGUAAAAAGGGAAUCAGUCUGGUAAAUACGAUGUAUGGAAUUGCGUUUCCGAUCAAAUACCUGAAUCAAGGUGGCGCUUUAGUGCAUAUAUACUGCGACGGAUCAGUUUUGGUAGCUCAUGGAGGUGUGGAAAUGGGUCAAGGAUUGCAUAUCAAAGUUUUGCAGGUUGCUGCGACUGUUUUAAAAAUUCCAUUGGAACGAAUUCACAUUCAGGAAACAGGAACGAAUACCAUUCCGAACAGCUCCACCACAGCAGCUUCAAUGGGUUCGGAUUUGUAUGGGUCAGCCGUGCUUGAUGCUUGCAAAAUUUUAUACGAUCGUCUACAACCAUACCGUGAGAAAUAUCCGACGGAAGGUUGGAAUCAAUGGGUAGAUAAAGCUUACCAUGAUCGAGUUUCUCUUUCAACGACUGGGUUCUAUAUCGUCGAAGACAUCGAUCCGGAUAUUGGCAAAUUUAAUCAUUAUUACGUGCAUGGCUCGGCUGUAUCGGAAGUGGAAAUCGAUUGUUUAACCGGUGAUCAUCAGGUGAUUCGAACAGAUAUUGUAAUGGACGUUGGAUCAUCUCUGAAUCCCGCUGUAGAUAUUGGACAGAUUGAAGGAGCGUACAUGCAAGGUUACGGAUAUUACACUCUAGAAGAGUUGGUCUAUUCACCGAAUGGUACACUAUAUUCCAGAGGACCAGGCAUGUAUAAGAUUCCAGGUUUCAGUGACAUCCCUGGUGAGUUCAAUGUCUCACUUAUUACUGGCGCUCCGAAUCCACGAGCCGUCUAUUCGUCGAAGGCAAUCGGUGAACCGCCUCUUUUUCUGGCUUCGUCAGUUUUCUUUGCUAUUAAAGAAGCAAUCGGUGCAGCACGGAAGGAACGACAAUUGAAUUGUGACUUUUAUUUGCAGUCGCCAGCAACAUCGGAACGGAUAAGAUUAGCGUGUCAGGAUGAAAUUACUGAAAAAUUUGAAGAAGCUAAUGAGAAUAACUUGAAAUCGUGGAGCGUGAUAAUUUAGAAAAUUUCAUAUUCUUCAGCAAGCAAGCAAGUAAAAUGUUGAUUUCAGCACAUGUAACAUUUAAUACAACAUGAGUAUGAUCACUCACGUGAGUAAAGCGUCAAAAAAUAAA